AUGGAAUUAUUUCAUAAAGUACUUUUAUUUAAUGUAAUAAUAGUAAUAUUCUUGAAUUUUCUAAAUAUUGAUUAUAGUUUCAGUUACUUAGAUAAUUUUAUAGAGAAAAAUGAAUAUUCAAAUAGAAAAUUGCAUGAGUUCACUGAACCUUUUUUUUUUAAUAAUAAAGUAAAUGUAGGAAAAGAAAAACAUAUAUCACUUAAAGAUGAAGCAGAAUAUUAUGGGAAUGAAAAAGAAAAUGAUGAAAAUGAAGUAGAAAAUGAUGAAAAUGAAGCAGAAAAUGAUGAAAAUGAAGCAGAAAAUGAAAUACAAAAUGGUGAGAAUGAAAUAGAAAGUAAUGAAAAUGAAGAAGAAAAUAGUAAGAAUGAAUUAGAAGACAAUAAAGAUGAAAUGGAAAACAAUGAAUAUAUAAUGGAAAAAUAUAUAGAUGAAAUAGAAAAAUAUACAGAUGAAAUAGAAAAAUAUAAAGAUGAAAAACAAAACUAUAAAGAUACAAAAGAAGAGGAUCUUUUAUUCUCUGAUAAUGGAGAAAAAAAAAAUGGAUUGACAAAUGAUUCGAAUGAAUCAAGUAUACUAUUUAAUCAAAAAAAAGGAUUAAAAUAUGAAAAAGGAAAAAAAGACUUAGUUAAUAAAGAGGAUAAAUUAGAAAGAGAAAAAGAAAGAGAAAAAGAAAAAGAAAAAGAAAAGGAAAAAGAAAAAGAAAAAGAAAAGGAAAAAGAAAUAUUAAUUUUAAAACAUACAAAAGUACCAGUAAUAGAAGAAGAGCCAAAUAAUAAUAAAGUGUUAAAUUUAUUAAAGAAUGAAAAAAAAAAUUAUGAAAACAAUUAUAAAGAACAAACGGAAAAUAAAAAUGAAAAAUAUAAUAGUAAAAAAUUAAAAGAAAAUAAUUAUAUAGACAAAAAAAGGAAUAAAAUAAAACAUGAAACAUUUACAAAAGCAUUUAAUAAUAAAAUUUCUAAAAAUAAAUCUUCUGAUGCAUCAAUAUUAGAACCAAUUUUAGAUAAACUAGAUUUUCCUUAUUUGGAAAAUCAACCACUUAAUAACAAGGAAAAUAGUAACAAAGACAUAGAUGAAAAAAAUUUCGUUUUAGAAAAUAUUUUGGCAUAUCCUAAUUUAGAGGAAAAUACACAAAAUAAUACAUAUGCUGUAGAAACAUCAAAUUUAAAAGGAAAUAAUAAUAAUAAUCCCUUAGAUGAAAAUACAAAUUUAUUAGGAACAAAAAUAGUUAAAUCAAAAUUAAAAAGGAAGAAUAAUACUCUAAAUCCUAUAGAACAAAUUACUUUAGAUAAUUCAUCACUAAAUGAAAAAAACAAUUCUGAGAAUAUAAAUAGUUAUGGGAAUUAUUUACAAAAUAAUAUAAAAAAUAAAGAAGAAAAAUUAGGAAAACUCAAAUUAAUUAGUAAUCAAUAUGAAACAAAAGAUAUUGAGAGAUCAUUUUUAUAUAACCUAUUAAAAUUCAUUAAAGAAAAUAUAUUUUAUAAUAAUCUAAAAUUUAAUAAUCACAAUAAUUUCACUACAUAUAAUGAGAAAGAAGUAAUAUUAAAAGAUGAACCUAAUGGACAUAAUCUAAUUAAUAAACAAGAUAAUAAUCCUAUUUUUCAAGAUAUUCAAAAUAAUGAAAAAAACUCUUCUGUAAAGAUUUUAAGAUUUUUUCCUAAGUAUUUUAAUCCUCAUCCUACUAAAAAUGAAAGAGGAAUUUUUAAUCAUGGAAAAAAAAAGGAUACAAUAGAAAAUGAUGCUUUAAGAAGUGUUAACAAAUUUGAACAUAAUAAUGUUUCAAAAAAUGCAGUUAUAAGUGAAAAACUUUUAGAAAACUUAAAAAAAAUAAAUGUGAGUAAUGAAUUGAACUCAGAAUUUAAAAAAAAAGAGAAAAAUAAUAACAGUGAAGGAAAAGAAGAAAAUGAAUUAAAUUCUUUAAAUAGAAUUUUUAAAGGAGUUGUUAAAUUAUAUGUUGAUAUUACUCGACCUAACUUAGAAAUGUUGUGGCAAAAUAAUCCACCUAAACAUAUUACGGGCUCUGGAUUUGUUAUUGAAGGAAAUUUAAUAUUAACGAAUGCUCACAACAUUGCUUAUAGUACAAGAAUUUUAAUUAGAAAACAUGGGAACUCUAAAAAAUAUGAAUCUAAAGUUAUAUAUGUAGCACAUGAAUCCGAUAUAGCUAUAUUAGUUGUACAUGAUCCUAGUUUUUAUGAAGAUAUAGAAUCACUUGAACUUGGUUCACUUCCAUCUUUGAGAGAUGAUGUUGUAACCGUUGGAUAUCCAUCAGGUGGAGAUAAGUUGAGUAUAACAAAAGGGAUAAUCAGUAGAUUAGAUGUACAGUAUUAUAAACAUUCUAACUACAAAUUAUUAUUAACUCAAAUAGAUGCACCGAUGAAUCCAGGGAAUAGUGGGGGUCCAGCUUUAGUAAAAGGAAAAGUGGUAGGUAUUUGUUUUCAGUCAUUUAAAAUGGCAAAUAAUAUUUCUUAUAUUAUUCCAUCUACUAUAAUUAAGCACUUUCUUUUAGAUAUAUAUAAAACGAAUCAUUAUAACGGCUAUGCAUUUUUAGGAGUAAAAUAUGAACCUUUAGAAAAUACUAAUAUACGUGGAAUAUUGGGAUUAGAUUAUCUUGAAAAACAAAAAUUUAUUAAAGAGAGUAUGGGAAUUUUAGUAACUGAAAUAGACGAAAAUCAAAUGAAAUAUAAAAAAUCUGACAUUGAUUAUUGUAAUUAUAUAAAAAUAAAUCAAAAAGAAGAGAUAAAUAUUAAACAAAAUAUUAAAACACAAAAAUUAAAUGAAACUAUAAUAAACGAUUCUAAUAAAGAAGAUAAAUGCUAUGGAUUAAAAAAAAAUGAUGUCAUCUUAAGUAUAGAUAAUAAAAAUAUAAAUAAUGAUGGUACAACAAAAUUAAGGAAUGAUGAAUAUGUUGGAUUUCAAUAUAUACUUAAUGAUAAAUUUAUAGGUGAUUUAAGCAUAAUAAAAAUAGUAAGAAAUAAAGAAAUAAAAAGUGUAGUUGUUAGAUUAUCAAAAAUUAAUUACUUAAUUUCUCAACAUAACUGGGACAUAAGAAACAAGUAUUUUAUAUAUGGAGGAUUAGUUUUCACAACUUUAUCUAAAAAUUUAUAUUCAGAAAAUGAGACAGAAAAUCCUGAAAUUAAUAGAUUAAUACAGUACAAUUUUUUUAAAAAAAAUGAAGAUGAUGAAAUAGUAAUAUUAAAGAAUAUACUACCAUCAAAGUUAACUAUUGGCUAUUAUUAUAGUGACUGUAUUGUUUUAAAAGUAAAUAACAUUGCAGUAAAAAAUUUAAAGCAUUUAGUUGAUAUAAUAGAAAAUAAAAAUAUAAAUGAAUUAAAGGAUAAUAAUUCUGGAAGCAAUUCUUAUGUUAAAUAUUCAAAUAUAGAUUAUGUUCAAUCAGAUAAAAAUUUAAUUGAUUUUUAUAUAUUAACACCUAAAGGAGAAGUACCUCUUGUUUUAAACAGAGAUGAUGUCAAAAAGAAUCAACGUACAAUUUUUACAACUUUUAAUAUUAUUAAUGACAGAUUUUUAUAUUAA